GUGUAUUACCAGCGUUACAACUUGAGACGACUUGGCUCACUCAUGCCCGACUUCAUCGACUUGCCGUUAGAGUUCCUCCCACUUAUAUUCGAGAAUAUCGCAAAGCCUCAGCAUCUUUCUGCUUGCUCUUUAGUGAACAGAGCUUUCAAUACCUUCGCAACACCAAGGCUUUACGAGCGCAUAUUUAUCUUUGCAUGGCAUAAGGGAGCGAAACUGAAGGUCGUACUCCUAUUCGACACGCUUACCACGUCUCCUCACCUUGCUAGGCACGUUCGAAAACUUGACAUCCGUGAUUUCCCAAAAGGCCUCACAUUACCCAUUUAUCGUGACCUGCACGACCUUUGUCCCCGAGGUCUCACGAACUGCGUUAACCUCAAGUCGUGCACCUGGACACGGGAUGGUUCCCUCAAUUCAGCCAUUCUAGAAGCUCUCCUGCGGUGUUCCCAGCUGGAAGAGCUAGAAAUCAAUGGCAACGACAGUCCAUCCUACAGUACUGCCAUUUUGCCACAAUUUUCUAACUUGCGCAAGAUCUCCUUGAUCAUGCCAAGCAUAAGCGUGCUCGACAUCCUUCCUUCCUGGCUCUCCGUCACAAAUGAAACCCUUCGCAACCUAACGCUCAUUUGCAAGGCCUCUUCCCUCAUUACAGACACUAUGUUGGAAUCCAUCGCACCUAGCCUACACCAUCUAGAGCAUUUCCACAUCACUGGAUGUCCCAAGGUAACCCAGCGCGGUAUACUGGCUGUCUUGUCCUCCAACGACCACGGGCUACUAAGCCUGGGUUUAGAAGGUUUAUCUCAGGCAUUCGACAUGACUUCAUUUAGCCGCGAAUGCCCUCACCUAGGCUCUUUGAAUCGACUAAGGACCAUCACUUUAACCGUCCAGCAAACCCCUCUACAGCCAUGGAUGCAAGGCGUCGUCAACCUCUUAUCCACUUCACCCCUCGAAAGCUUCCAGGUCUACUCAACAGCCCCUUUCCCCGGAGCUUCGCUGGACGAUGAAUUCUGUAACGACAUCGUCACCUCGCACGGUGCACGUCUCACGCGGUUCUCAGUGCACAGAAUAUACAUCGGAAUGAGUGCAGUGCGAGAUAUCUGCUCUAGAUGUCCUCAGCUCGAACAACUCUUCAUCGUCGCCGACCGUACCGAAUACGAUGAGCUCCGUGAGUGCUUAGCCCUAGCGCCUAAACUCCGAAGCGUGCAUGUGCACACCAACAGUGUGCGAGGCAUGCUGCAGUCUCUAGAAAUCUCAGAUGCCCUUUCCCUCGUUCGGCAAUGCCCUUGGAGUGUCACUCAGAUCGGCAUCAACAACAGAGUUUUUCAGGUUCGGAGGGAACUGCGCAUCAACGAUGACGACGAGGAAUAUAUUGAGCCACGCCUGACGCCUAUGGAAAACCCCGAUGUUCCCGAGCCCUUCCUCGUCGUACGUACCUAAAUAUGAACAGCACGCUGUACAAUACUGCGUAAACCGCUUAUCAUUGUUAUCAUUGUUAUCGUUGUCG